CACUUCGAACAUGUGGAUUGUUGAUUUUAUUCCGUUCAACAUUGAAAUGUGUUUUUUACCGUGUUGAAAACCCCAUGGAAUUGCUAAACACAAACCAAACUUUAGAAAAACAACAAAUUCAUUUGUGUCGAUCAUGGCCGAUAUUGAAAGUGACAAGAAAAAGGAGCACCGAAAGAAACAAUCCGGUGUGAGCGCUGAGAAGAAAAAAGCCAAAACGAAACAAAAAGAUGAAACACUUACAGCUCGGCAGAGAAAUCCAAAGGCAUUUGCAAUUCAAUCGGUUGUUCGGGCUGAACGAAAUUUUCGUCGCGGUGAAGAUUUAACAGCCAAAAAGCAACACAUACCACUUGUUGACAAAUCAUCGAAUGAUGUACCGCCGAUUUUAAUCGCUGUUGUUGGUCCACCAAAAGUUGGUAAAUCAACAUUGAUUAACAAUUUAAUUCGCAGUUUUACCCGCACAAAUGUGACAAAUAUUGAGGGCCCCAUUACGAUUGUGACAUCGAAGAAACGACGAAUUACAUUGAUUGAAUGUAAGAACGAUAUCAAUGCUAUGAUCGAUAUUGCAAAAUGUGCCGAUUUGGUGUUGCUCAUGAUUGACGCAUCGUUUGGAUUUGAAAUGGAAAUUUUCGAAUUUCUUAAUAUUUGCCAAGUGCACGGAAUGCCAAAGAUUAUGGGCAUUUUAACGCAUUUAGAUGCAAUCAAAAAUGCAAAGACAUUAAAACGUCGAAAAAAGGAGUUGAAACAUCGGUUUUGGACUGAAGUAUUCGAUGGUGCAAAAUUGUUUUAUUUGUCGGGCAUUCUGCAUGGCGAAUACCUACGAAAUGAAGUUAAAAAUUUAAGUCGUUUCAUAUCGGUGAUGAAAUUUAGACCACUUACUUGGCGCGGAACACACAGUUACAUUUUGGCCGAUCGUAUGGAAGAUGUUACAAAUACAGAAGAGAUUCGUUUGAAUGCCAAAUGCAAUCGCGAAGUUAUUCUCUAUGGUUAUGUUCGCGGGGUGCCAAUGACUAAAGAAAAUAUGGUUCAUAUUGCCGGUUUGGGUGAUAUGAGAGUGCAUGAAAUGAGCACAUUACCGGAUCCAUGUCCGUUGCCAACGGGAGAAAAGAAACGAAAUCUUAUGGAAAAAGAGCGUUUGCUGUAUGCCCCAAUGUCCGGUGUGGGUGGAAUUGUUUACGAUAAAGAUGCGGUUUAUAUUGAAUUGCAAGGUUCACAUAGCCAUAAAAAGGAAGCAAAUACCGAACAGGAAGAAAUCGUCCAAGAUUUGAUCGGAAAGAAAGAAACAUUCGAUACACAAAUUGACAGUCAAGAGUUUCGGCUGUUCAGUGAUGGUGCCCUUAUUAAAUCGAAAGAAUUUCAAGAUAACAACAAAAUCGAUUCGGACGAUGAUAACGAUUCAGAAAGUGAUGCAGAUAGCGAUGAAGACUCUGGUGUCGACGAAGAAGAUAGCGAAGCGGAACAGAAUGGCCUGGGAUGGCAAGGAGAAAGUGAUGACGAAGAAGAUCCAGAUGAAAAUGCAGAUAGUUCGGACGAUGAUGAAUACCAAUUUUCUGAUAAGCUAGAUAAAGAUCGCACCGACGAUGUGAAUGAAAGAGAUGAAGAUAUCGAUGAAGAAAUGGAUGCAGUCGAAAGUGGCAUUAAUUGGAGAGAUAAUCUAGCACAAAAAGCUCGAUUCGCAUAUUUGGAGAGGCAAUCAAAUUCACAGAAUCUUAUGAAAAUCGUCUAUGGUGCCAUAAAUGCGGAAAAACGAAAAGUGCAACAAGGAGACGAAAAUGAUUCCGAUGAAGAGGACAAAAUCGGUGGAAUGUUCAAUGUUGUAGCAAACAAACAGGCUGACUUGCACAGCGAAAAAGAAAAUCGCGAUGCAUUCGAAUCAUGUUUCUUCGAAGAAUACGGCGCAGAUACAAGGGAUUGGAGCAUUGAUGAAAAUAAACACCUUAUCAAAGAUUGUUUCGUAACGGGAAAAUGGAGAGAAUCAGAGGAUGCUCAAGAGCUGUUGCGUUUAGACGAUUUAAGUGAUGAUGAUAGUGAAAUCUACGGUGAUUUUGAGGAUUUAGAAACGGGUGAAAAGCACAAAGGCAAAAAAAAUGUCAAGGCUCAAGCUGACGACGAUAACGAGUCUGAUGAUGACGACGAUGCUGACAAAUUGCCCGAAAAUGAGCAAUCACGAAAACGUAAAAUGACCCGUGUUGAAGAGUCAAAUUUAACAAAAACCGAAUUAAUGGCGAAAAAGAUGAAAUUGAAGGCACAAUUUGAUUCUGAAUACGAUAAUAAAGAUGAUGGUCGAAUCAAAGGCGAUCAUCAAUAUUAUGAAGAAUUAAAAGCAGCAGCCAAUCGUCAAUCCGAAUUGAAUAAAAAAGAAUUUGAAAAUUUGGAUGAUGAUUUGCGUGUUCAAAUUGAAGGUUUUCGAUCUGGCCUUUACGUUCGAUUGGCAUUUAAAAAUGUUCCAUGUGAAUUUGUCGAGAAUUUUGAUGCCACCUAUCCGAUUCUAAUUGGCGGCUUAAAUAUGUCCGAAGAAAAUGUCGGCUAUGUUAACUGCAAAGUAAAAAAACAUCGUUGGUAUAAAAAAUUAUUAAAAACCACCGAUCCAUUGAUUUUGUCAUUGGGUUGGCGCCGUUUCCAGACAAUACCGAUUUUUGCAAAGGUCGAAGAUGAUAUGAAACAUCGUUAUCUAAAGUAUACACCAAAUCAUGUUACGUGCAGCAUGACCUUCUACGGACCAAUCACACCACAAAAUACUGGAUUCUUGGCGAUUCAGAAAAUCCAACAGAAUACCGAUCAAAUGCGUCGCAUUGGUUUUCGAAUUGCUGCCACUGGCUGUGUCACCGAAGUAGACAAAUCCACACAAAUUAUGAAAAAACUCAAAUUAGUCGGAACACCGUUUAAAAUAUUUAAAAAAUCAGCAUUUAUCAAGGGAAUGUUCAACAGUAAUUUAGAAGUGGCCAAAUUUGAAGGUGCCAAAAUAAAGACUGUAUCUGGAAUACGUGGUCAAAUUAAGAAAGCAAAUCAAACACCCGAAGGAUCAUAUCGUGCAACAUUUGAAGAUAAGAUUUUAUUAAGUGAUAUCGUUUUCUGUAGAACUUGGUUUAAAGUCGAUGUGCCGAAAUUCUAUGCACCGGUUACGAAUUUGAUGUUACCACCAAGCGAAAAGAACCAAUGGAUUGGAAUGAAAACUGUCGGUGAAUUGAAGCGUGAAAAGAAUAUUAAAGCCAAACCAAAUUCAGAUAGUUUAUAUACGAAAAUCGUUCGACCACCCAAGCAAUUCUAUCCAUUGCAUAUUCCAAGAGCAUUACAAAAAUCAUUGCCGUAUAAAGAUCGACCGAAAUUGGGUCCAGUUGAUCCAAAGAAACCGAUCGAUAGUAAUCGUAUUGCGGUCAUUCAUUCGCCGCAUGAGCAACGUGUUGCAAAUAUGAUGAAAAUGAUCAAGACAAACUUUGACGCAAAGAAAGAAAAAACGAAAAAAGAAACCGAAAUGCGAGUUAAGAAAUUCAAAGAUGCCAAAUUGGCCGAUGAAAUGCGUCGACUCAAACGACAAAAAGAAUUACGUAAAAAGAUUUGCCGAACAAUUAGCAGAAUGGAAACAUCGAAAGCAGCUGGCAAAGAUGGAGGUGGAGGAAAACGAAAACACUUUAAGAAAUAAUCGAAAUAUAGUUAAAUCGAUAACUUUAUUAUUAUUUUUUUGCCUUUUAAAUAAGUAAUAAGAAACACAAACGUUGAACAAGAUUGUUAUGAUGAUAAAUAAUAAAAUCGAAUGGAUUUUAUUCUGUAAAUUCUUA